UCCUGCGACAUUUGAUCAAACGAGUUCUGGUCUCUCCAACUGCAGUGUGCACUAUCAAACUUUCCCCAUCACGAAGGAUCAUGGGCUCAGCGGAGCCAGAGCAGCAGCCAUUGCUGCUCGGACUAGACCCUCGGGGUGGAGUCUCCGACUUGUCGUCCGCCACCAUCGAAGAGCUCCUUGAGCAUUCGGUCCCACUACGAUGGUGGCCGCGUCUAGUGGCCUGGGAGUCGAGGCUGCUCUGGCUCUUAUCUGGCUCAUCCAUUAUCGUGUCCAUCUUUAACUACAUGCUCUGUUUCGUGUCGCUCAUGUUUACCGGGCAUUUGGGUGCGGUGGAACUUGCCGGAGCCUCCAUGGCUACCGUGUGCAUCCAAGGUCUUGCUUAUGGAAUUAUGUUGGGCAUGGCAAGCGCGGUGCAAACUGUCUGUGGCCAGGCUUAUGGGGCAAAAAGGUACUCGGAAAUGGGCAUCAUUUGCCAAAGAGCUAUAGUUCUGCACUUGGGAGCAGCUGUCCUUCUCAGCUUCGUAUACUGGUUCUCCGGCGACAUACUCCUAGCGAUUGGACAAUCUGAGUCAAUCACUGAGCCGGGCCAGUUAUUCACGCGGGGAUUGAUCCCUCAGCUAUAUGCAUUCGCCCUUGCCUGCCCUAUGCAGAGGUUCCUUCAGGCACAGAACAUAGUGAACCCUCUGGCUUACAUGUCCGUGGGGGUCUUCCUCUUGCACACCCUCCUCACAUGGAUUGUAGUCUAUGUCUUGGACUAUGGCCUUCUAGGGGCAGCCCUGACUCUGAGCCUCUCGUGGUGGAUUCUUGUCCUCCUCAACGCGCUUUACAUUGUCCUGAGCCCCUCUUGCAAGGAAACUUGGACCGGCCUGUCGAUUAGAGCUUUAACGGGAGUUUGGCCUUACUUCAAGCUUACAGUUGCUUCUGCGGUAAUGCUUUGCUUGGAAAUAUGGUACUUCAAUGGACUGGUGCUCCUAGCUGGUUUCCUCUCCAAUCCUACAAUAGAAUUGGACACGAUGUCCAUCUGCAUGAAUUACUGGAAUUGGGAUAUGCAGUUUAUGCUGGGGCUAAGUGCAGCAGCCAGUAUCCGGGUUGGUAACGAGUUAGGGGCAGGUCAUCCAAGAGUUGCGAAAUUUUCAGUUGUGGUAGUGAAUGCAACCAGUAUUUUCAUCAGUAUAGUGUUCACUGCGAUUGUUCUCAUAUUCCGGGUUGGUUUGAGCAAACUCUUCACAAGUGAUGAAGAGGUCAUCGAUGCCGUUUCUAAUGUAACUCCCCUGCUGGCCAUCUCUGUCUUCCUGAAUGGCAUUCAACCCAUUCUGUCAGGUGUGGCAAUUGGAAGCGGGUGGCAAGCCGUGGUGGCAUAUGUAAAUCUGACCGCUUACUACAUCAUCGGUCUCCCCAUAGGAUGUGUUCUCGGUUUCAAAACUAGUUUAGAAGUGGCGGGAAUCUGGUGGGGAAUGAUCAUUGGAGUUAUUAUGCAAACAGUAACCUUGAUCAUAUUGACUGCAAGAACAAAUUGGAGCACGGAGGUUGACAAAGCCGUGGCUCGUGUGAACCAAUCGGCAGAAUGAGACAGACGAGACCUUGUUGGGAAACAGAGAGGAGCAUUGUGAUCUAACUCUCACUCCACCAUUUCACAUUGCUACCGCCCCUAAACGUAACAAGGGAAAAAUACCCCGUAUGAAGGAGCCGACAAUCCUAAU